CCACUUCCUGCCUGAACUCGUACCCGGGUGAGGGGUCAGUAAGGCUGGGACUGCUCGCCGUAGACCGAGUGAUAUUACACCGCAGCAUCCCGGGACAAUGUGACCCUUCCCCGGAUCACCUUCAUUAGCUAGCUAGUCGGAGGCGGCUGAAGUGCAGCAGGCGAGGCGAGAGAGUGUGAGCGAGCGAGCGAGCGAGCGAGCGCCUGGGCGGCUGGGCCAGCGUUUACCCCGCGGAGAGGACUGCCUGCACAGCCGACCCUCGGCUUCCUCCCUCCGGCGGCAGUGAGCUGGCAGCAGCACGGGGAGCUGAAGGCGACGUCCCUCGGCCCGUGUGGUGACUCGUCGACCAUGCGGCAGUGGUGCCUCCCUGCUGUGGCUCCACGCACCGAACCGCUCCCGACGGGCAGACCCUCACCUCAGCUCUCAGAUGCCAGGAUGGAGUGUUGUGAUGUGGAGCCGCGCUACACGAUCGAGCAGAUCGACCUGCUGCAGCGGCUGAGGCUCUCUGGGUUGACCAAGCCUCAGAUCAUCCAAGCGCUGGAGUCUCUAGAGAGACUGGAUCCAGACCACCGUGGCACUUGCUGUGACAAUCACUCAGCCCCACCCAAUGCUCCUACCUCUGGGGCCCCAGCCGCCCCCUCUUCAUCUUCCUCCUCAUCUUCUUCUCUCACCUCAGCUACCACACAGACCCCUGUCCUCGAUGCUGCGCUCUCACCCAGCAAUAGCUACGAUGCUUCACCUCCUCCCCUGUACCCACCCAGCGGAGUUCAGAGGUCGUUCAGUUAUGACAUGGCGGAAGAGGACUGGGAUCUGGAAGAGAAGGUGGAGGAGUACAUGAGGAGGGACAGUAACCUGGUGAAGGAGGAGAUCAAGGCUUUUCUUAAUAACAGGAGGAUCUCUCAGGCUAUUGUUGGACAAGUCACAGGUAUUAGUCAAAGCUACAUCUCCCAGUGGCUUCUGCAGCAGGGUCUGGAGAUGAGUGACUCCAAGCGCAGAGCCUUUUACCGCUGGUACCUCUUGGAACGUAACAGCCCAGGGUUCAGAUGGAGUGAAAACCAGCAAGCUCAGGGCCCCAGGAGCAGGACUGACACCCCCUGGAGUAGACAGAGAGAACUACUGAUGCAUCUGCUCCCCUGGUACUCUGCACACCAGUCCCAGCCAGGUGCUACUCUGUCCAUGCGCUCCCUGGUCAAAGAGGAACCUGACUGGAGGGUUGCUGGUAGCCCUGGAGACAGGGUGGCUGUAGGGGGGCCUUUCAGACUACGAAGGGGCAGCCGCUUCACCUGGAGGAAAGAGUGUCAAUCAAUCAUGGAGAGUUUCUUUAUAGAGAAUCAGUAUCCCGAUGAAGCCAAGAGAGAGGAGAUUGCCAAUGCCUGCAACUCUGUCAUCCAAAAACCUGGGUGCAAGCUUUCCGAGUUUGAGAGAGUCACUGCGCUCAAAGUGUAUAACUGGUUUGCCAAUCGCAGGAAGGAGAUGAAGAGACGUGCUAAUAUAGAGGCUGCAAUUCUUGAGAGUCACGGGAUAGAAGUGCCAAGCCCCAGCUGCCACUCAAAUGGUGAAGAGCUAGAAAACCAGGAGUUUGGGGAUCAGGUUGCGAAUCAGCGAUUCUCUGAGCAGGAAGAGCUCUCUCAAAGAAAGGACAGUGUGCCAGACGGAGCCACGUUGCCUGCAGUGGAAGUAGUGCCUCUUCCAAGCCCUUCCUCUCAACACGUGGAUCAGAAGCUGGAUGAAUCCAAAAGGGAGGCCACCGAUGAGGAGUGAGCAUCAGGAAGAGUCAGCAUCUUGUUUGAAGUGGUCUGUGCCGCUUAGUGCCACUCUUACAAAUGUUUGCGAAUGACAUCGGAAACAGGCCAGACACCAAAUUUUCUGGUGCCUCUAGUGAUAUGGAGGCAACUGUAUGUAUCUACAGUAAUCAUGCUUGUAGUAAUGGCAAUAUUUAUCUCUAUACACUAUAUUGUGCAUUCCAAGACGGUCUUAAUACAUCUUUAAAGAGGGAAAGAUGGUUAUGGUGCAAAAUGGUAACUCUCCACUUCAUGCUAAAGCCCCUUAUUCUCUUCUUUAUUCUCAAGUAUUACAAUUUAACAAAUUGCAGAAACCUUAUACAAGAGGAAGCAGUGUGAGAGGAACCUGCAGGACAGGUAUUUGGAUGUGGUGAUGGGGUGCACUAAAUUAGUGGAGAUUGUAUGAACGCAGCCAGUGUUUCAGUCUUCUUAGUCACAUGCAAUAGUGGACAGCUACACAACCUGAACACCACCACCAACUCAGGUAAACACAUAUUUGGGAAGGGAGGAGUGGAAGUGGCCCCAUGUUCACUCACCUUCACUUGGGUAUUGGGAUUUUAUGUCUCAAGGCAACAUUAUCAUCUGUGUUUAUAUGUCUGUCUUUGGUUUUUUUUUUUUUUUUUUUCUAGUAAGCAAAGCUAAAAGAUUUUCUUUAAAUAUGAUCUAUACAUAAUCGCAGAUGAUCAUGACUUUUCACUCUUUUUAUAUUAACCACUACUUCAAGCCUUUCUCUACCCAGUCAUUUAAGCUAUUGUGACCUCUGACUGGUAUUUGGGCUCUAAAAUGCUUCAUUUUUUUAUCUUGCUUAUGGUUUGCUUUAAGCACUACUAUUACUUCCAUAAGCUAAUGCAGUAUGUAAAGCUACAAAAGGACAUGUAUCUAUGUCAGAUUUAGAAUCUUAUGCAAAAAGCUGCUUAGAGGUGGAUGAUCCACUAUCUUUUGUCCCCGUCCCUUUGAAGCCAAAGCUAUGCCAAGGUAAGCGAUCAUUAACAAAGAGGAAUUUUAAGUGGUCAAAGACUAAUUCAGUUCUUUCUCCGAUAAGUUUAAAGGAACAGGAAUGUGCUUAAAGGUAGUGUGCUCUGAGUCUGGGAAGGUGUUAAGCCACGAUAAUUCAGGCCUCAGCUCUGUACAUCAGAACAAGAAGCAGUGUUGCACGCUGUCAGGGCCCAUCUCUUUCUGCAUUUCCUUGACUUAAAUAAAACCAAUAUACAUAUAUA